AUGGCUUCUGAAAGAGGUUUAUAAUUUCGUACUGGUGUUAAUAAAGUUGGAUGGGAAGAGUCGGAUUUUCCCAUUUUAUGUGAAACAUGUUUAGGCGAUAAUCCUUAUAUAAGAAUGCUUCCUGUUGAAGUUCGUGAUAAAUUUUUAGCAGAAUAAGCUGUUUAAAUACCUGAUUAAUUGGCUAAUAGAGAUUAUUAUUAGAACCAAGCCAAUAGAAAUAUUGAUUAGUUAUAAUUACCUUAUAGUAAUUAAUCUAAUAUUUUAUUAGAAAAAGUUGCCAGAUUAAAACCUUAUUAUGAAAGAAAUUAAGCAUAGGUAUGUAGUUUUUGGGUCAAAGGAACUUGCCAAAGAGGAGAACUUUGUCCUUAUGCACAUUAAAAAAGAGUAAACAUAGAUGAUGAUGAUCCUAAAAAUAAUUAAUAACUUGUAGAUAGAUUUUAUGGUCGAAACGAUCCUUUAGCAGAAAAAAUACUUAAAAAAAUAAAUGUUUACAAAGAAAAUGAUUUAUAACCACCCUAAGAUACAACAAUUUAUUCUCUUUAUAUUUCUAACAUAACAGAAUCUAUUUCUUAGGAAAACAUUUAUUAAAUUUUUAUAAAAUUUGGUCCUAUUGAAAGCGUAAAAAUGAUCCCUUAAAAGAAAUGCGCAUUUGUUAACUUUUGCUCUAGAAAAGCAGCUGAAGAAGCAAUAAAAGAUCUCUACGGAAAAUUAAUUAUUAAUAAUUAAUAAUUAAAUUUAGCUUGGUCAAAAUCUCAUUUACAUAAUUAAAAUAAUUAAAUUAAACCGCCAUCUUAAAAACCUCCUUAAGAAAAUAAAACUUAAGAAAAAUUAGAUAAGUUUUUAGGAGGAUUAAUAAAUUAUAGUGACGAUGAAAAUGACAAUAUUAAUUAAAAUAAAAAUGAUAAUAAUACUGAGUAACUUAACUAUAAAUAUUAUGAAUGA